CCGUGACGCCAUGGACCCCCGCAAAGUCAACGAGCUUCGCGCUUUCGUGAGGAUGUGCAGGCAGGACCCGAGCGUCCUGCACACCGAGGAGAUGCGCUUCCUAAGGGAGUGGGUGGAGAGCAUGGGGGGUAAAAUACCACCUGCUGUUCACAAAAUGAAAUCAGAAGAAAAUAUAAAGGAAGAAAAAGUGGACAGUAACAAGGAGGAGGAAAACACAACGGCAGAGGCACCUUCCAGCGAGGAGAGUGAUCUAGAAAUCGACAAUGAGGGUGUCAUUGAACCAGACACUGAUGCUCCUCAAGAAAUGGGAGAAGAAGAUGUAGAGAUCACUGAGGAGAUGAUGGAUCAGGCAAAUGAGAAGAAGGUGGCAGCCAUCGAUGCUCUGAAUGAUGGUGAACUAGAAAAGGCCAUCAACUUAUUCACAGAUGCCAUCAAGCUGAAUCCUCGCCUGGCCAUUCUAUAUGCGAAGAGAGCCAGUGUCUACAUCAAGUUACAGAAGCCCAAUGCUGCUAUCCGAGAUUGUGACAGAGCUAUUGAAAUUAAUCCUGAUUCAGCUCAACCUUACAAGUGGAGAGGGAAAGCCCACAGGCUUCUGGGCCAUUGGGAAGAAGCUGCUCAUGAUCUUGCCCUUGCAUGUAAACUGGAUUAUGACGACGAUGCUAGUGCCAUGUUAAAAGAGGUCCAGCCCAGGGCCCAGAAGAUUGCAGAACAUCGGAGAAAAUAUGAGCGAAAACGUGAAGAACGAGAGAUCAAAGAAAGAUUAGAAAGGGUUAAGAAGGCUCGGGAGGAACAUGAAAGAGCUCAGAGGGAAGAAGAAGCCAGACGACAAACAGGCUCUCAGUAUGGCUCUUUUCCAGGUGGCUUUCCUGGAGGAAUGCCUGGUGCUUUUGCUGGAGGAAUGCCUGGAAUGGCAGGAAUGGCAGGAAUGCCUGGACUCAACGAAAUUCUCAGUGAUCCAGAGGUCCUUGCAGCCAUGCAGGAUCCAGAAGUUAUGGUGGCCUUUCAGGAUGUGGCACAGAAUCCAGCAAAUAUGUCCAAAUAUCAAAGCAACCCAAAAGUUAUGAAUCUUAUCAGUAAAUUGUCAGCCAAAUUUGGAGGUCAGUCGUAAUGUCCUGUCACAGAACGCCUGCUGAGGGAAAAGCAACUUAGAUCACUGAAUGGAUGUCGCAAUAAUAGAAACCAGUGUACCUCUGACCUCAUGAAGAAAGCCGGGGUGCUUUGAAGAUAAUCCUUAGCCCUCUACCCUAUAUGCAGCUGAAACAAUUUACAGUGGUUUGCCAUUUAAGAUACUCAUUCAGAUAAUGUUUUCCUACUAGGAACUAUACAUUUCAAAUAUUUUCAAACUUUAAAAAUAUUUAAGACCUAUUAAAAGGAUGUGAUAAUCACCCUGUA